AUGCCUACAUCCCAUGCAGCCCGGAAGAAGUUUCGCUCAUGCGGCACCAUCCAGACCGAGCCCACGCGACUCCUAGACUGGGCGGAAGAAGAUGCCAAGCUGUCAGUGCUGCAAGUUACAGAUCAACCGAGUCUUCUUUUCAUGUGCAACGGCAUCAGCGGUGAGCGGGUGCCGCUGCGCUUGGUUCUGGCUUUGCGAGUCGCCGCAGUGAAGCAGGUGGCCGAAGGCAUCUUUGGAAUCCCCGCAGAGGAGAUGACCCUUUCCUACAAGGGCCGAAUCCUCGGAAAUCGCCAGACCCUGUUGGAUGGCGGCGUGGAAGCACGGCAGUGCAUUCAUGUGACGAUCGCUACCGGCGUCGGUCACGCACGCCUUCUGGAUAUUCUAAUUGAUGCGACUCGAUCUGGUAUUGCGGAGCCUUUUGUCAUCCAGUUAAAGCCAUGCGAUCUUGUCAUCCAUGCAAAGACAAAAAUUGCUGAGCUCACUGGCUUGAAACUGGAUGGUCAACGCCUGACCCUCAGUGGCCAUACCUUGGCAAACGAACGACGGCUGUCCGAUUGUGGAAUUCGGGAGAACUCCAUCCUCCAAGUCACCUGCACAAACGGGGCCGUUAGUGCGCCGAAUCCGUCCGUUGCGGUGUCUGGCUGCCGAGCACCCAGAGCGCAGUUGGAUGCCAGUGCUAAGAAGCAUCGUUGUCAAGGCGAAAGUCUUUUCUUGACGAUUCUGCAGACAUGGCCACCGCAACGCAAACAGCGUCUUUGGCUGCAGAAGGCUCGUACCAUUGGCCAACUGAAAGAAAAACUCAAAGACUUCUUCCAGGUGAGCCCGGAGCAGCAAAUACUGUUCCACUCAGGCAGAAGACUCCAGAAUCAGCACACACUCGAAUUUUAUAAUUUGGAGGGGGGCGAGUGCAUCCAGCUGAUGGUGCAAGGGGGACCACGUGUUGCAGCAGGACCUGUGGCUCUGCGCGCAGAGAGUCCCACAUUCGUCACCCUUCCUCUGCCGCCCCAGCCUUCGAGCGCGAGAAAGUUGCCGGAGUGGUUCCCUCGCUUGUUGCACCCGCCUGGCACCCAAGAAGUUGAAGUGCAACCUUCCGAGCCGUCGGCUAGCCAGCGAGACCCACGGAGCGACAUCGGAGAGCCAGGCCAUGAGCAGAAUCCUGCGGUGAAACCCGAGGGUGCGGCAGAUGUCGAAGAAGCCAUGCCGAUGGAGGAGCCUUGUCCAACCUCCCCGCAGAGUCUAGAUCGAGGGGAUGCGUUGGGAGAGCUGGUGCUACAAGCCAGCGUGGCCCUGCUCUCCCAUGCCAUGGGCCAGUCUGGAAACCUGGAAGAUUCUGAGCCGUGGGCGCAAGACUCUUGA